UUCACAUUUUCCUCAUAACAAGUUGAAACGGCAAAGGUGAAACCAGUGUGUGCACAAUUUCCAGAUCAAACGAACAAAUCGCAUUAAACAAGUAAUGUCCGUCGUUCCGUUAAUGUUUCGCGAUUGGUGGGAUGAUUGGGGUGAGACACCAUUCCGGUCGUCCAGAUUGUUGGACCAACAAUUCGGUACGGGACUCAAGCGUGAUGAUUUGAUCUCAUCGUUUUGGAAUACAACACCGUCAGUAUUACGUAGUGGCUACGUUCGGCCGUGGGGUAAUCGCAACUUGCAACGACAAGAGUCCGGAUCGACAGUGAAUUUUGACAAGGAAAAGUUUCAAGUCAUUCUCGAUGUUCAGCAAUUCACUCCCAAUGAAAUAACCGUGAAAACAACCGAAAAACACAUCAUCGUCGAAGGAAAACACGAAGAAAAAGCUGACGAACACGGCUUCAUUUCCCGACAUUUCGUUCGUCGUUACCAGUUGCCUCCCGGCGUCAAUCCGAAUGAUAUUUCAUCGACAUUGUCUUCGGAUGGUGUAUUGACUGUAACCGCUCCCCUGAAGCCGGCCAUCCAACAGAAUUCGGAACGCUUCGUACCAAUUACACAAACAGGACCAACCAAAACCGAAGCCAAAGUGGAGCUUUCGUAAGAACGUUUGAACAAUAUUCGAGGGCCGGAGCGUUGCGGUCGAAUCAAAAAUGCUUUGAUAGAUUUAUCGUUUAUCCAAAAUUCUUCAAAUGCUGCUGGAUCAAUUGUAUUGUUUUCGUGUGAUAAUCGGUUUAAAAAUAUUUUUAUUUUCGUAUAACACUUUUCACUUGGACGUGCCAUUUAUAAAAUAAAAUUAAUUCUAAUCAAAAGCGUU